UAAAAUUGACGAAAUUGGACAACAUUGGUUCAUGAACCCUCUAAAGAAAAUUUACAUUGCUCAAGUAGACAAGACACAAAAACAAAAACAUAACACUGUCUCCAUCUCUCUUUCCUCUUCUUCCACACUUCUCUCUCUCUCUCUCUCUUUCUUCUCCCAAGAAAAUAAAACACAAUUUCCCAGAUUCAAAACUUCUUUUUCAACGUCUUCAAAGGGAUUAAGAAUCUUUGUGUCUUCUCUUCUUUUGUUUAGUUACACAGAGAAAAGCAAAAGAAGAAGAAGAAAAACAUCAUCCUAACUUUCCCUUUUUGUAUUAUCUCUCUCUCUCUCUUUUACUCACUUUAAAGUCUCUUAAUAGAUUCAAACACAAAAUCUUCCAGAAACUGCUUCUGAUCUUAAAAAGAUGAUCAACCUCAUGACCCACUUCUCCUAAAAAGUACCAAAACCAAUUCCAAUUUCAACACUAUUUUUUUCUCUUCUUUUUCUCUUAUUUUCCUUCAAAAGAUUUGGUAAAAAAAAUUUGUUUCUGAUUUGUUGACUAUGGAACGGAAGAGAGGUUGUAAGAUCAGAAAGAGAGGUGGUUCUUCCUCUUCUUCUUCUUCUCUUGCUCGCCGAAACCGUUUCAAACGCGCAAUUUUCGCCGGGAAAAGAGUUGCUCAAGAUGAUGGUGGUGGUGGCGGUGGCUCAGGAACUCCGGUUAAGUCCAUCACCGCCGCUAAAACUCCUGUCCUGUUAUCGUUUUCGCCGGAAAAUCUUCCUAUAGAUCAUCAUCAAUUACAGAAAAGCUCUGUGUCGGCGAGAAAGCUAGCUGCGACGCUGUGGGAAAUCAACGACGACGCAGACCCUCCUGUAGAUUCCAAUAAAGAUUGCUUGAGAAGCAAGAAACCGUCGAGACACAGAUCGAAGAAAUCAACAGAGUUCUCUUCCAUUGAUUUCCCGCCAAAAUCAUCCGAUCCGAUUUCUCGUCUAACCUCAGAGAGAAUCGAUCUCCGUGAAGAUUUAGUUCGUAGAAGACCAGGAAAUCAUCAGAAACUACACCUAAUUGAACACAAAACCAUUGUCACAAACUCGCUGAAAACUCGUUUGAAGAAUGUCAGUGAAGGAUUAACAACGUCUAAAGAACUCGUUAAGGUUUUAAAAAGGAUCGGUGAGCUCGGAGAUGAUCACAAGACAGCAAGCAAUCGUUUGAUCUCUGCUCUGUUAUGCGAACUAGACAGAGCAAGAUCUUCUUUAAAGCAUCUGACGAGUGAAUUUGAUGCGGAGGAUGAGGAGAAGCGGAGGUUGAUAGAGAGGCUACAAGAAGAGGCGGUGGUUGAGAGAAAACUCCGGCAACGAACGGAGAAGAUGAACAGAAGAUUAGGGAGAGAGCUUGCGGAGGCUAAAGAAACAGAGAGGAAGAUGAAGGAGGAGAUGGAGAGAGAGAAGAGAGCUAAAGAUGUUCUUGAAGAGGUUUGUGAUGAGCUCGCGAAAGGAAUCGGAGAUGAUAAGAAGGAGAUGGAGAAAGAGAGAGAGAUGAUGCAUAUAGCUGAUGUUUUGAGGGAAGAGAGAGUUCAAAUGAAGCUUACGGAGGCGAAAUUUGAGUUCGAGGAUAAAUGCGCGGCCGUGGAGCGGCUGAAGGUGGAGCUCCGGAGGGUUUUAGAUGGUGAAGAAGGAAAAGGGUCGUCGGAGAUUCGUCGGAUUUUGGAGAUAAUUGAUGGUUCUGGUUCUGAUGAUGAGGAGGAGAGUGAUCUUAAGUCGAUUGAGUUGAAUAUGGAGAGUGGAAGUAAAUGGGGUUAUGUUGAAAGCGGGAGAGAUCACCGGAGGGAAUCAAGAUUUGGUGGCUCCGGCGAUGAGGACGACGAUGAUGAUGAUGAUGAUGAUGAUCCUGUGGAGAAGAGAUCAGUGAUUGUUGAGAAUGGGGAGAGAGAUGAGUCUUUGAAGACUCUGAGAGAUUACAUUGUUUCAAAUGUUAGAUGUGUCGGUCCUUCAUCGUCGGAGCAGUGGAAUCAUCGGAAUUUACCAAGCUCUGAGUUUGUGUAAUCACCACCGCUAGCGCCGGCGAGAAAAAAAAGAAUCAAUUUUUUUUAGUAUAUAUACAUAUUUAUUUAUUUAUAAUUUUAUUAAUUUAGUUUUUGGAUUUAUUUUCCAAAAAAAUCAAUUCAAGGAUUUUUUUUUUUUUUAUCGUUUACAACUUACACAACAUGCAUACUAAUUAUUGGAUUUGGAUUUUAUU